AUGGAUACUUUGUGGACUAUUGUCUAUUUGGGACUGUCCAACUUUGGCCCAUGCAAAAGAAUGUCUGGACGGACCAUUUGGGCGAGCUCUAGGAAUAUCUCUAUACAAUCUAAUCUUCAAACAUUAUACAUUGGAGAAAACAAUUUCAGUGGACCAAUCCCCGUAUCUAUAUCGAAAUUAGGCAGGGUAUCCUUUCUUAGCUUCUAUUUCUGGAGCGCAGGGAGUGGCAUGGUUGAUUUCAGCAUCUUCUUGCAUCUCAAAUCACUUGGGUCACUUGAUCUUUCAGGGAUUCAUUUGAAUAUCAGUUCAACUCUCCAUCAUACCUCACCCAUAGAGAUGUUGAUUCUAUCAUCCUGCAAUAUUUCCGAGUUGCCCAUGUUUCUUCAAAACCAAACUAGUUUGUUUUAUUUAAACAUCUCGGACAAUCAUAUUAAAGGCCAAGUACCGGAGUGGUUACUGAGACUGCCAAAGUUGCGGCAACUAAUCAUUGCUCAGAAUUCAUUCAGUGGAGAACUAACUACGUUACCAAGCUCUAUUGAUUACUUCAUAGGCUCUAAUAACCAGUUUUCGGGAGAGAUUCCUAGAUGUAUUUGCGAAUUGGAUAAUCUUGAAAUACUUGUUUUAUCCAACAACAACUUUAGCGGUUCUAUUCCACGGUGUUUUAAGAAUCUCAAUACUAUUUCGAUCUUGCAUCUUCGGAACAACAGUCUCUCUGGCGUUUUCCCAGAGGAAUUUAUCAGUGUUAACUUGAUGUCACUUGAUGUUGGUAGCAACCGGUUAUCAGGACAACUUCCCAAGUCUCUGAUCAACUGCACUCGUCUCCAGUUUCUAAAUGUGGAAGACAACAGAAUCACUGACACCUUCCCAUUUUGGUUGAGAUCGUUUUCCAACUUACAGAUGCUUGUCCUUCGUUCUAACGAGUUCCAUGGGCCAAUAUCCUCUCCUGGAGGUUCUAUGAGUUUUCCCAACCUGCGGAUCUUUGACAUUUCGGGAAAUCGCUUCAGUGGUAUCUUGCCAUCAGAUUACUUCGUUGGUUGGAGUGCAAUGUCAUCGGUCGUAGAAAUUUGUGAUAUUAUGCUUGGUUUUGCAAUUGCAGGAAGUUCCCAAGAACCCUACCAUAACUCUGUGGUUCUGACGGAUAAAGGAUUAAAUAUUGAGCUGGUAGGGAGUGGUUUCAAAAUCUACAAAACCAUUGAUGUCUCCGGAAACAGACUCGAAGGAGAUAUUCCAAAAUCCAUUGGUAUGCUCAAGGAACUGAUUGUGCUCAACAUGUCAAACAACGCUUUCACAGGCCAUAUUCCACCAUCUCUAUCAAAGUUGACCAAUCUCCAAUCAUUGGAUCUAUCUCAAAACAGAUUAUCCGGCAAAAUCCCACCAGAGCUCGGGAAACUUACGUUUCUAGAGUGGAUGAACUUCUCAUACAACAGGCUUGAAGGUCCAAUACCACAAGCCACUCAGAUUCAAAGCCAGAACAGUUCUUCUUUCGCAGAGAAUCCCGGCCUAUGUGCUGCAAUAGGCUAUGCACCUGGUUUGUUCUGUGGAUUCACCAUUGCCUACAUUCUCACUUCAUAG